AUGAUUUGGAAUACAUCCUGCCAACACGGAGCAAUUCUGUCAAGAAACAACAAAUUCAAUUUUAAUAAAAUUGAACGACACGUAAAUAUAUUUAAAAUUUUUCUACAGAAGCAGAAACACAGGAAUUCCUUAAAAAAAGGGUUUUUAUGAGGUUUUGGGUGUUUCCAAGACUGCUACACACAAUGAAUUAAAAAAGGAAUAUUGUAAAUUGGCCUUGCUUUAUCAUCCAGAUAAAAAUAAAAAUCCUAGUGCUAAUGAAGCAUUUAAGAAAGUUGUUUAAGUAAACAAAUACCAUCACAUUGGCUUAUGAUUACUUUUCAAAGAGAAGAAC